AAGUGCUAUGGGGAGAAAGAGCCUGUGUCACGAACAGCAGCAGCUCUGGGGCUUGGUAAGGAGGGGGCUUGUGCAGUCACUUCCUCCCCCUCUCUCAAUUACCUGGAGUCUGUGGUUCAGGUGGAUGUCUGCAGAGCCCAUGGGGCUUCUCUAGGGGGCUAGAUCAAGCCUGAGCAAGGUGAGUGUUGCAGCCCGAGCUGGUAUUGAGGGACACAGGAAGGGGAUGGAAUAGCUGAUGGUGGCUGUAGCUCUGCACUAGGAGAAGGGAUGGGGAGGGGAGGCAGGAAGUGGGAUGGUAAGGAACUGAAGGGUCGGGGACUGCACAGCUCCUGGGUUUAAUUUCCAGGCUGCAGCACAGCCACAGCUGAGACAAUUACCUGCUCUCCCAGGGGAAGGGCACAGAGACAGGAAAAUGAGGGACUGAAAGGGCCAGGCGCGAGUGUCCAGGUGCCCAUCUCAUCCUGACGGUCUGCAGAAUAGCGGACACGUUUCCCUUUCCAUCGUCCCGCUCUGAUGAAGAUGGGAAAUGGCCACAGGAGAGACACUCAGGUGCUAGUGACCAUAAAGGAAGUGACAGUCUAUUGCACCAAAGGGCAGUAGGUACUUUUGGAUCCUCAUCAGACGGUCUUCUACAAGGAUGUCAUGCAGGAGAAUUACAAGACUCUGAUCUCCCUGGGUAAGGGCUUGUUCUCCUUCACUUAUGAGAAGGUUGCACUCUCCAUGAAGGACAUAGGUCAUUUUCUGGUCAGGGAUCUUCCCAAGUCCCUUAGAAUUCUGGGUAAUCAGUCCAAAACUGUGCGAGAGAGUGUGCCACAAUCCCACCUCUUCCUAGGGAAAAGAAGAUGCAGAAACAAUGGCAGAGCUAAUUUCCCCAAAGCCAGAGCUUGUACUGAGGGAAGAGAUAUUAUAUUUAUUUCUCCAGGCUCAUUUCUGUGCCUGUAAUCACUGUACUUCUCCACUUCAUUCUCGGAGUGUGUUCUGGACCCUCUGAGGGUUUAGUAAUGGGCAAGUGGCUUAAUGUUUGCAGCUCAGCUGCAUCACUGAGUCCUGCAAUGCGUGGGGCAGUCUGAACCUCUCUGGGUCACAUCUCCCACUGCCUUUCCCAAAGAGACUCAGCAAACUCUUUCCCAUCCAUUUUGAUAACACAAGCCCCAGUAAAGACAGACACUGGGUUUAAAAUCACAGAACAAUCUUUGUAACAAGUCUGGAUCUCCUGUUUUGCUUUUCUGUGAGCAGGAUUUCUGACACCUAAACCUGACAGGAUCUCCUGUACAGAACAAGAGGAAAAGCCAUGGGUCCCUGGACAGUAAGAUACCCUUGAUACCUAUACAGGUGAGGAGAAAACCCAAGUCAGAAAUCAAUCAUGAAUGAAAAAGAGAGCUGAAGUCUCACCCAAGCCAUUGUGAGCUCUCAUGUUUGUGCUUCAUUAAAUUCAAUACUAUCAACAGCUGGUUGGUCAUGUCCCUCACCGAUCUCCCAGAGGUCUUUCCAGAAGACAGUAAGUCCUCCCUUACUCAGACCGGAUGUUGGCACUGCAAUGCUCUCUCCUCUGGAGAAGGGAUUUAAAAGAAAUUGGCUCCUGAAUUUCAGUCUGAAUUAAACCAGACCAAAGAUCGUGAUGAACCCUCAGUUCCUUUUCUCCUGAACACUGAGAACGAGGGUGUCUGAUUUUUUUCAGCAGACGUUUGGAUUGUGAGUGAGAGUGCAGAGAAUCUUCAGCAGAAAGGAUCUGUGCGAGGGGAACCAGAUGGAACAAUUUCAGGGAGAUCCAAAGAGACCGUUUCCCAGAAUCCUGAUCAAGAAAGAGCCUGUGAGUUGUAACUGCCCAGAAAGACAGUGGGUAAGACCUCCAGGAGGGAGAGAGUAAAUCCAUUCACCUCACAAACAUCAAAGGCACCAAUGUCCAUCAGUGCGCUGUCUCCACAGGCAGUCAAUGAACACUAAGUGUUGUGAGAAAAGGUACAGCAGGGGCUCAGGCCUCAAUGGCUGCCAAAGAACCCCAAUGGGAAAGAAAUCCUAUUCAUGUGCAGACUGUGGGAAGGUCUUCAGCUGGAGCUCAGCCCUGAUCACCCACCAGAGAACGCACACGGGUGAGAGACCCUACAAGUGCCCUGCCUGCGGGAGAGGCUUCAGCCAGAGCUCCAACUUGGUAAGACAUCACCGCACCCACACUGGGGAGCGGCCCUAUGAGUGCGGUGAGUGUGGGAAGAGCUUCCGCCUCAACUCCCACUUCCUCAAGCAUCAGCGCACCCACGCCAAGCCCUACCCCUGUGAGGUCUGCCAGAGAGGCUUCCACAGCUCCUUGGCCUUGGGCAGGCACCAGAGAGCCCACACGCAGGAGCAAUGCUACACCUGUGCAGACUGUGGGAAGAGAUAUCGGGUGCGCUCGGCACUGGCCCAGCAUCGCAGGAUGCACACAGGGGAGAGGCCCUUCCAGUGCUCCAACUGCGGGAAGGGCUUCAGCCAGAGCGCCAACCUGCUCACGCAUCAGCGGGUCCACACUGGCGAGCGGCCCUUCCAGUGCACUGAGUGUGGGAAACGCUUUGCUGUCAGCUCCCACCUCAGCACUCACCGGAGGAAUCAUCGUGUGGAGCGGCCCUGCCAGUGCACUGACUGCGGAAAAGGCUUUGCCAACCCUGCCAAGCUACUCGCCCACCAGAGACGCCACACAGGGGAGCAGCCCUUCCAGUGCCCUGAGUGCGGAAAGUGCUUCAGUGACAGCUCCCUCCUGGUGAAACACCAGCGUAUCCACACAGGGGAGCGGCCCUUCCAGUGCCCCGAGUGUGGGAAGAGCUUCAACCGGAACCUGACCCUGCUCAGACACCAGAGAGUGCACACCGGAGAGAGGCCUUACAUCUGCCCUGCCUGCGGGAAGGGGUUCAGCCAGAGCUCCCACCUCAACACUCACCAGAGAGUGCACACAGGGGAGCGGCCCUACAAAUGCCCCACCUGUGGGAAGGCCUUCAGCCAGAACUCCAACCUGAUCCGACACCAGAGGAACCACAAGCACCAGGACACACUGUAACCAGCUCAUCAGAACUUGCCUCACACAAGAGAAACCUGCACAGGCACACACUGUGGGAAAAAGCUUCAAACAGAGCUCAGACCUUACAAGACACCAGAGAAGCCAUGUGGGGAAGGAAGCAAUGGCUGUCAGACAAAUCAAGCCCUACCAUUUGAACAGUGCAGAGGAAGUGCUGGAAGCAGCAAGCUGUGCACUAUAGGGAAGUGACCACUUGCUGAUAUUUUUGGAUGGAGUAGAGGGAAGCACAAGGUGACAAAAAGAGGGGGAUAAAUCUGAUAAAUCUACAGGCGUUUGAAAGGGAUCCAUACCAAGGGCAGAGAGAACUUAUUUAGUGUUGCAUGACAGAUGCAGCUAACAGUAGCAGGAUGAAAUUAAAAGGGGAAGCACUUGUUUUAAAAAGUUAUUGACAGGACUAUGUAUUAUUGAGCAGCUGGAUAAUACCCCCAGAAAGCAAUGGUAGCUUCCUCAUUUGGGACUUUUUAAAUGUGUUUUAUAGGUUAAUUUACUGUAGGGAGACAGGGAGAUGGAUCAGAUGAAUUAAUGAGUCCUUUCUACCUCUGAUGUCUCUGAUUCUCUCAAAGGAAUGAACAAAGGCAAAGGUGUUAAAAAUUUUGGUGGCAAAGGGAAGGUGAAUUAAUUUUAAUCUCAAGCCUAUUGAAUAACCCAACCUAUCCCUAAAACAUAUUAUCUAUUGAUACUGGAGACAUGAUUCCUGCCAUCCUUCUCUCCAGAACAAUGGGGUAAGCCAUCUUGUUUAGACCAUUUCACUAACCUAUUCAGUGCUGGUAUUUUUAUUGUAAAGCUAAGUGAUAUCAGAGACCAGAACAGAAUGCAAAUAAGUUCCCCUGUCUCUCUUAAGAGGAGUAAGAAUUUAAGGUUUCCCAAUUUUAAGCCCAGAUAUGCAAAUUAGACAGAACUUGAAGACAGGAAGGUAUCUGAGGACUAACGCCACAGAUGCUACAGUCCUUACCCUGCCAAGAGGAGCAUUACCUAGCAACAAAAUCAUCAGUUAAUUGGAAAGGAGAAAUAACUGGACAAAAUUACAGCAAGAUUGUGUGGAUUGUGAGUGGUAUAAAAAGGACUUUCCAUACAAAUUGCACAGAUUGAAAAAGAAACACUAACAUAGGAGCAGUCUGGUUCACUGAUACUAUUUUAUAAUUCUCUUCAGUUAGUUCUGUCUUUUGAAAUGUUUCCACUGCUUUCUGCACUGUGAUUUUACUAUCUGAAUUGUCGCUGUACAUCUUAACUCUUCCCCCCACUCCUCAAAGACAGACCAAGUAUUUCCAGGAACAAGAACCCUCCGAUUUUACUAAAGCAGCCUAGACAUGAAAUUAUCAGCAUCCGUAGACCGUUUCUUAUUUAUGCACAUCAAUCUUUUUUUCAAGCAGUGUCUCGUAUUGGUAUCCUAGUAACAGUAUACUUACAAAAUGCAUUGUUUUGUUCACCAUUAAUGGCCUGUGCACUCAGGAGAGAGCCAAAGGAAAGCUAUGAAUUUGUAUGUUGUGUGGCGAAGUACCUUCUUCUCCUCAGCAGGCUCAGUCCUUUUUAGCCUUGGAGACACAGGCCUGGGCAAAGCAAAUCCUUCUAGGUAGCACAGGGUCUGGCUAUUCCUUACCUCAGUCCGUCCCUUGUGCUGGUUUUCUCCCCUUCUCGGGACAGAGGGCAGCCUUCCUUGCUGGAAGGGUUCAGAGCCCUUGCUGCACCUUGCUUACUAGCAGCUUCCCUGCUUUUCUCACCCCUCCUCCCCCCUUCUACACAGGGGGAGGGUUUAAAAAGGUCUCAAGCAGUUGGAGCCAUCUGAACCUAAUUAGUUCCCUGGUAAUUCCUUUUCCAGCUGAACCUUAUGGUUAUCCCCAUGGUUCUCUCUCAGUGGACUGGGAGAGGACUUUUAACCCCCUGGGACGAAUUACUACCCCCUCCUUUGUAGCUGUUUGUCCUGGGUUUGCCACAGUUGACAGCAACAAAAUGAAUUUGGGAAGGAUUAAAUCCAUACAUUUACUGGUCCCUCGUUCUCCUAGGCUGGUAUUUCUGUUUGCUCCAAUUUAAGUGUUCGUUCCAGCAGCACAGUGUCCUCCACUGCAAAGAGGCACAGAGUGUGCUAGAAACGUAGGUCACUGGGCUUUCAAUCUGCAAACCAUUCCAAACUCAGGCAUGUCACUAGAAUGUUUUGAGGGAAACAAAAUCUUUUUUUUUAUUACUUUGCCAUGUUCCUUUACAAUGAGAAAUCAACCACCAUUUUUUCAGUGCCUGAUGAGUGAAUUAGAGGAGCAUUGUGAUGAAUGAGACUGACCAAGCAUGUCACACUCUGGGCAUCUGAAUCCUACUUUUGUGGGAAACUGCUCUAUUGUAAAUAACCCCAUUACUAUUUUCUCAGCAAAGGGCUAAGAUAAGGGCCAUCUGUCAGGGCUGACCCAGUCUCUUCUAAACACACAAAUGAUUAAGGAAAGCAGGAAGGAGGUGAAUCUAUUCCAUGGGGAAGGGGGCACUUCAUCAAAAAAGCUUUCCUAGAUCCAACAGGAAAACAUUCUCCUCCUAAAGAACCCAAAUCAUUGCACCAUUGGACGGAUCUUGAAAGUCACAAUUAAUUAGAAUCAGGUACUGUAAGUUACUUCAGUAUGGAAAGUUACUUUCAUUUUUUGGGGAGUAGACACUAAAACCAUUUUUUCUGCUUCCUCUCUGUGCAUUAGGCUGAAAAAUACAGGUAUUGGCAUUAUUUCCGUGAAUCACAUUUUUGAACUUGCUCUCUCCUAAGAGUUAUAUUUCAAUCUACAGGAUUUGCCCAGCCUUACUUACAUUAGUGUAACAUUCAGGGCAUAAUAGAGCAUACUUUCAUUUUUUCCGCUCUGAAAUACUCCUGGAACUUGUUUCUAAUGUAAAAUUUCUGGGUCGAUCCUGCAUCCUGGGCUUCCGGUCACUGGGAGAAGACAGCUGACAGAGCAGGAAACUGAAAAAGCAAAAGGGGAAGAUUAAAAAAGAAAAGGGGUUUG